UGACGCAGUAAUCCCUGCGCUUUUUCACUCCAUCCUCUGGAGAGGCCAGGACUCAACUUCUUUUUUUACAUCCUUCACUUUAAUAAUAAAAAAAAAAAAAACUCGUGAAAUUCUGCUUUUUUUUUUUUUUUUACUGUUUUCUACCUCUAGAAGUUUUUUAAUGGUCAUCCAAAUAGGACAAUAAGCGGUAAUGGCAGAAUCUGACACACAGGAGACUCGCCAAGCCGCAAAGGAUUCCCCGUUCUCCAUAAAGAACCUGCUCAGCAUCGAAGACAAGCCUCCGAAGCCAACACCCCCGCUCGGGUCUUCCAAAGGAGUGUUCGAAGGGAGCUUUUUCUCCAGGCUCAGUGACCUGUCUCUGCCUCGGUUUGAGCUGCCCGCGCAGAGGAUCGGUCUGUCAGCGCAGUAUUUGGAGAGAGCGUCUGCCUGGUGGUACCCAUACACGCUGGGAGCGCAUUUCAGGACUGCUUCGGGUUUGGAAAAGGUCAACCAGAGGGAAGAAGAAAGGCGCACCCCGGAUCUCCAAAAAAACGACCAAGAUGCCAAAGAAGAGAGCGCCGACGACGACCUGGCCCUGGACGAGAGCGACGCCGAUGAGUCAAAGAAGGAAACCGACCAGGAGGAGGACUGGAGGAGAAAGCCGGAUGAACUGGACCCAGACAAGAAGCCCUGCCGAAAGAAAAAGACGCGCACGGUGUUCUCCAGGAGCCAGGUCUUCCAGCUAGAGUCCACCUUCGAUAUCAAGCGCUACCUGAGCAGCUCGGAGCGGGCCGGCCUGGCCGCGUCGCUGCACCUUACCGAGACACAGGUGAAGAUCUGGUUCCAGAACCGGAGGAACAAAUGGAAGAGGCAGCUGGCCGCCGAACUGGAAGCGGCAAACAUGAGCCACUCGGCGGCGCAGAGGAUCGUGCGUGUGCCGAUACUUUACCACGAGAGGGGGGCCGCGGACGCAAGCGGCAGCCCAGGCACGAACUCACCAGGCGGUCAGUCACUGCUGGCUUUCCCUCAUCACAUGUACUACUCUCAUCCCACGCCGCUGCUGAGGCCCGUUUAACACCGACUGAGUUUUUAAAUGAGAGCAGUUCAAAAGAGAAAAUGGAAUUUUGUACAUUUUGUAAAUUAUUAUUAUUAUUAGACCAAAAACCUUGUAAAUAAAUUGUUAUUUGAUUUCGGGGAAAUAUAAGCUUGUUUUAAACAAGGUCAUGUCUGUAUUUAAAAAAAAAAUGGGCGUCAGUGUUUGUGUGAAAAAAUGUGGGAAUAUUUUGAUAUCUUUAAGUCGUGCAAUACUGUUGGUUUCUCCGCCUUUUUGCCACCUAAAGCUCAGUUUUUAAAAGCGAAACACUGUUUUUGGGGGGGUUUUAUUAUAGUGAGGACAAUCAUGCGAUUCUUGAAAGAAUACCCGAAAGCUGUACAAAACAUUUAUUUGUUGUUGGUUUUUUUUUGUUGUUGUUGUUGUUUUUUGCUUUUUUACGACAGCUGUAGUUUGAAGGUUACCAGAGCCAAAAAAAUAGCCUCGGUUGUUUUUUUUCCCCCUGAUAAAUAAAUUCUGUAUAUAUUACAUAGUAUUAAGCUCAGUAAAGUUUCAUUAAAAAAUGUUGCUCAUCUGUUAUUAAUGCGAAGUAAAUUAAUCGUUUUAUUAUUUUAAGGUUUAGCAAGGGUUGUCCCUAGAAUCUGCAGUCUAUGCAACGAGGUUCAAAUUUGUAGCGUCGUUUAAAAAUGAUGGCUGGCGAACCUUAAAACCAUAAAAAAACAUUUCCCUAUUCACCUACCUAAGUUAAAUGCUUAUGUUUGGCUUCAUUUUUAAUUGGCUAUUAAUGUCUUUCUUAAUUAAUGUUUAUACUGUUAAGAAUGCGUUAUGAUUACAUUUUUGUAAUGUUGCAAGAGUGUCAGUCUUGUUCAAUUAAUUUUUUUUGGAAUAGCUCUCUGUAUUUAAAGCUUACUGAAAGCAGCAACAAAGGUCAAAAGUCAAGGCAUGUCAAUUAAAAUAUUGCAUAGAAAAGCCAGUCAUAUACACUGUAAAAAAGGAAUUUUGGGGGGUAUUCAAUGUUAGCCAUUAAAAUUAAUGAAGUGCUAAGCAAUUUGUAUCUGUAUUCUUAUAACAACAUCUAUGUAAUUUUGUAACAAAUCCUAAACUAAAGAUUUUGACUAGAAUUUAGCUGAAUAUGUUCGUUCAGUCAAAUCCAAUUCUUAUUUGUUGUCUGUGGUGUCCAGCUGAGAACGGUAAGGACGACAUGUUGAUGGGGGUCAAUUAUGAAUGAAUACAUACAUUUAGUAAAGGUUCAGAACUGUCAUAAGACUUGCGGUUGAGGAUUUUUCUGUUAGAGCAAGAAUGUAAGCUUGUGUGUAGUUUUAAUUUGUUUAGCAACAGCGGCAAUACUAAGGUCAAAUUUACUAGUUGCCAAGGUGUUCCCAGACAACAAUGUAUUCUACCCUCUGUUUGUGAGGAAAAAUGAUUACACGCUACCUUGUUAGAAUAGACUUAAUAAUAGUAAAUAGAUUUAGUGAUACAUUUUGUGUUUUGUAAAAUUCUAUGCAAACUAAAAUUUUACAGCUGUACUGGCGAUCUGUCUACGGCGUACCUUGCAAUAAGCGGGCAUAGACAAUUGAUGGAUGGAUAUUUCAGCUGAUAUUUAAAUACAGUGUGGUUGUCCAAUUAUAUACAGUUAGUCCUGCUUGAAAAUGAUUACGUUUACAGUAAUUUAUAGAUUGUUCUUUAAAAAAAACACACACAGCAAACAUUUUGAGCUACACAUGCACUCACCACCUUCACCCCAAUCUCUUUUUUUGAUCAUGCAAGCUUUAACUUGUAGACAUGGGUUGAAUCAAUACUGACAAGCUUAAGAACAGUCAGGAUAAUUUACAACUAUAACACUGGAAAACAAAUAACAGUUUGUGUAAAAAACACAUUACAACAAGUGGAGUUUGUGAUAUAUAAUAAGUGUGUUUGACCUAAGGGGGCUGUCAGUUUCUACAGUGCAGUUUUUGUUUCUUUUUACCAUAUGGGACAUAUAAAAUGAUGUUGUAAAAAUUGUUAUAAUUUUACUAAUUCAGUUGAAUCGGUUCGAAUUUUACAAGUUCAUUUGUAUUUUUUUUUUUUUUCUUCAGUUUUAUUAAAGAUUCUAGUAAAGAGA